CGAUUGUCGUCUGCUUUCAUUUUGAAAGUGAACGCGAAGUGUGAGCGCUGUGCGAUUGCAAACGGGAACGCGUCUGUUCCACAAGCUGCGUUCUAAUGUCAUAAACUGCUUCGCGUGUGACCUUAAACUGUGCUGCUCUGGAUAGCGUAUUAGACCGUCGGCAUGUGUUGGAUAUCACUGAGCUUGUCGAAGAACCUGUGCAGUGUUGUGCUUCGUACCCUUGAGAAAGGAUAAAGGGUCUUAGCGGCGGCGUUGAAGAAAGUUAUGCCACUUAGCCAGAUCAAAGUGACGCCUGCUGACCGACAUGGUCUUGGGGAUAGACUUUUCAAAUCGGAAAGAAAGGAGACUGUUGGUGUGGGCAUGGAACGGCGGCGAUCGUCGGCGUCCACUGGCAAUGGCAAUGGGGACAUGUGUCGCAUUUGCCACUGCGAGGCAGACGGACAGAAUCCGCUCAUUUCGCCCUGUUACUGCGCGGGAAGUUUACGUUACGUGCAUCAGGCUUGUCUCCAACAGUGGAUCAAGUCUUCGGAUACGCGCUGCUGCGAACUCUGCAAGUUCCAUUUCAUCAUGCACACAAAGAUCAAGCCCUUUCGAAAGUGGGAAAAGCUGGAAAUGUCCGCCGUGGAACAACGUAAAGUGCUCUGUUCCAUCACUUUUCAUGUGGUGGCUAUCACAUGCGUCGUCUGGUCCCUCUAUGUCCUCAUCGACCGUACAGCGGAGGAAAUGCGUGAAGGCAAUUUGGACUGGCCCUUCUGGACGAAGCUCAUUGUUGUUGCCAUCGGGUUCACUGGUGGCCUCGUCUUCAUGUACGUUCAGUGCAAGAUGUACGUCCAAUUAUUUCGCCGCUGGAGAGCCUUCAAUCGCAUCAUAUACGUCCAAGAUGCCCCGGCCAAGGGAGGACUUCCAACUGCAGCAGACUUAUCGCCAGUUGUGGAGCCUUCAAAGGCAAAGUGUGGUUCACCGACACCAGACGACCUGACGGUCGGCGUGGCGUCUUCAGAUCCCCCUCUCGAGUACGUGGCGACCGUUGGGUCCAGGAGUCCUCUACAAGACGACUCUGUUCAAGUGACCGUGAAUAAGGACUUUGAAGGGUUGCCGCACGUCUUAGAUACGCCUUCUGAGACUGGUGCCUACCAACUUACUAGUUGAAUGCUUGUGACUAUCCCUGGUGAAUACAGGAGCAACACCCGUUGUCCAGUGCAGUGCUUCCAUCCAGUUGUGGAAGACAUACUGUUCGAAGCACGUUCACGUGAUUGUGAUUAUUAUUGUGACGUAGUCUAGUGGGCCACUGGCAUUCACUUGGCAAACAACUGUAAAGCUGUUAUGGUGCUGUGAAGACGACUGACCCUUCGCUGAAGACGUGCUUCCUAUUACGAACAUUAUCAACUCAAGUUUGUUACAAGUGUAAAUACAACGGCAGAAGAUCAAAAACGUUCUUAUAGGAGUGUGUGCCAUGUGAACGGCUCUGCUGUGCAGCUGACGUGUUUAACCUUCACUAGAAUAUCGAUAGCCAGCCACCGUGUCAGGUACCUGAUAGUAAGGACUUGCUUACCACAGCCAAUCGCAAGAUGGUUGGACUGAGUUUUUGCUGAUAGAUAUAUUACGAGGUUGUCACGAGUUGGGUUGUGUCCGUUUCAGGACUAGUACUGCUAGUCUGGUGGCAACUAUGUUAUACUAAAGUACAUGCUGUUGUGGAUCGAGCCAAUUUCUUUUUUGUUCACGUUCAGUAUCGAGGUGCUAAAAGGUUUGUUGCCGUCUUUGUUUGCUGUAAUUGAAAAAAAAAAAAAAAAAAAACAAGAGAACGACCAAAGUACUUGUGUUGAAGUAACAGUGUACUGAAAGUUUAGUUGUCCAGUCUUUGUAUUCUUGAAAAAAGAAGACUUGCGUUAAAGUCUCUAUUCGCAUCCUCAACUCAUUUCUAAACUCAUUGAAUUGAUGACUUCUUUAUUUGGUGUCACACAUGAAGAGCGCAGGAAAUGACGCUUAAAAUUUGCCAUCAUCACACAGUUGGCAACAUUGUUUUUCAUGAGAGAAAUGUGUACAUAAAUGAUACAUAAAAGAAUACAAUUCC